AUGUCCAGGCAAUCUUCAGGCGACCCUCAGGGACAUCUUGCAGACAUUAUGGCCAAGCAGCUUGGGAGCACACAUGAUGGUUGUAUCUGGUCUAAUGCUGGAGUGGAGCUUAAGACUGACUUGAAUUUGCUGCUUGAAUGCCUUAAGUGUCAAAUGGAUUCACCUUCUGCACAGAAACAGGCUCUGGUUACCAUAUAUGCAGUCUGUCAACAAAAUGGUGACAUCAGUAACUACUUUCGUGAAAUUGGUGGACUGCUCUUUGUAUGUAACCUUGCCCUGUCUAGUAAACAUUUUGGUGUGAAAGAGGCUUCUUUCUUUCUGUUAGGAGCUUUAGCUGAAAGCAACGUGUUUUGUCAACAAGUGCUUUGCAAAUCAGACUUGCUGAAGGAAUUAGCACUGUCACUUUCACAUGAGUCCCCUUUAAGCUUAAAAAGAGUAGCAGUAUAUCUAUUGUUGGCACUUGUCACUAACAACAAAGAUGGGCAGUUACUUGUUACAAAAACUGGCUGUAUAGAUAUUCUUUUAAACUUGCUGCGCUUCCCAAUUUCACAUCAAAGUAAAAUAUAUGAAAAUAUUUCUUCAUGUUACCAGUUUUGGAUGUCUGUUUUCAGCACUCUUUGUGCCUGUGUCAAUAACCCACAAAAUGAAGAGAAUCAGCGAAUAUGCACAAGUGUCUUUAAAGAUAUAAAUUCUUGGCUACAGAAGCAUAACUGCAAGGAUAUUAUUCAGCCAGUUUGUUCAUUUGUUGGUCUAACCGUUGCAAAUAACUCUUCUUCCCAGGAAUAUUUUUCUGCAGUUGGAGGUUUAGAUACUCUUGCUCAGAUGUUGAUGAAACUAAGUGAUGAAUCUCUCCAAAACCCAUCAGCCAGUGAAAGUGCAGUUAUAGUAAUUAAAACCCUUUGUUCUUGCAUUGCUGACAAUGCUGCUCUGGCUGCAGGACUUUCAAAAUAUAAUAUUGUAAGAAAGCUGCUUUUGUUGCUGUCAAACUGUGAUUUAAACACAAGCAACAAAUUAUGUAUCAUACUUACUCUUGGCCAUUGUACUGUAGCUGCUGAGGAACACCGACUUCAUUUUUUACAGAGCAAUGGUCUUCCACAGAUGAUACAGCUACUGUCUGAAUUUCAAAGUGAAGAACUGAGUAAAGCUGUAACAUUUGUUCUUCAGAGUUGUAAACAAGUUACUGAAAACCUGUCACUUGGUUUGUUCAACAAUAUUGAUGGUGAUAGACCAAAAUUUCCGAGACAGAACUCACCAUAUCCUAAUUUAAUGAUUUACUGGAAAAUUGCAGAAGAAAUAUUGCAUGAAAUUCAUAAAAUAGACAGUCAGUUUUGUGAGUGCACAGGAAUAGAAGAAGAUCAAGAAAAGACUUUCACUGCCAAUGUAGACAUUAAUGAGGAGGCUUGUUUAAAGAAGCAGGAAUUACAGAGGCAAGAGGUAUUUCCAGACAAGCCACACGGUGGAGCCUCACACCCUGCAGAGAUUACCAAUCAGACAAGAGUUUCAGAAAACAGAAUGAUUCAGUCUUGUUCAGGACCAGCAGCUACACAAUCUUAUUUUAGAGCCAACACACUAGGAACAACAGAAGUUCCAAAGUCAUUUGGUGUGGGAUCAAAGAGAAGGCCUAUAUCUAGACAACCAGCACUCAUCAAAAUUAAUAAGAAAAGCAGUGAUAACCCAUCUCCAUAUGUAAAAGAGGCAAGUUCAGAUUUUCAGCCUUUUGACAAAAAAUAUACUGUUCCAAAUGCAUCAGAAUCAUUGAAGAAUAAUGAUAAUCUAUGUUCAGGGUGCGUUGCAGCUGGAAGUACAAUUGACAGCAAGAAUUGUUGCCAACUCUUGAGUUUUUGCCCAUCUAAAUGUUACUGGCACAAGUUUCUACUGGAAAGUGAAGGCAAGUUUAAGCAGAAGUUAAGGAAGUUGCUGAGAAAUUCAGAAAACAGUUUUUAUGAAGAUUUUUCCUUGACACCUUUACAAAAAAUACUACCAGAUGACAAUUCAACUGUUUCUAGUUGUGGUUUGUAUGAAGAAGCUAGCAGUGAGUUUUAA